UCUGUUCACCCUCGGAAACCUCAACCGUUUGCUCGUAGCUCCACUCAGAAAUGCCUGGCAGGACGUUAACUUCAAGACUCUACGAGAGGCAACUAGGAGAAACUGAAGUGUCCUACUUUUUGCCGUCUAGGGAGGAUGGUGUCAACGAUAUGUAUCUUCAUUUAGGCUUUCGUGCACUUCCCCACAUCGCACGACGUAGCAGGGUCUCUCUUGUGUGGGCCAUCCUCCGAAUGAGACAUCCCUUACUUGCUUCCGGAGUCAAGAUGACCGACUACAACGAUGUCAAAUUUGUGUACGAAACCCCGAGUACGAAAGAAGAUGCUCUGAAGAAAGCCAAUGAGAACCUGGAGUAUCAAUUCCUGUCCAAAGAGGAGCUGUUGAACUCGUAUUUGAAUGGACCACGGACCCUUUCAAGUGAACGGUCAUCUUACUUGAUAUUGUCACAGCCUACAGCCUCACCUGGCAUAACCCCGUCCACAACACCUACGGGCAUUAAUGGCCACAAUACUCAUGCCAAACACACUAACGGGAACGAGGCAAACAGCACCAGAAACACGCUCAACGGCGAUGAACAUGCCGUCCAUAAGCAAGAAUAUGACCUCCUGAUCUGCGCAACCCACUAUCUCGGGGAUGGAAUGGCCUUGCACCAGUUUGCCCACGAUUUCUUCACACUCCUUGGCAAUCACACCGAAGGCGAACUUCGUGAAAUCUUACAGGAAGAAUGGGAAACUCGAUGCGAUGUCGAACUCGAACCUCAUUGCGCUCUGCCGCCCGCUUUGGAACAUAGACUUCCCGCCAGUCCAAGUGGAGACUUUUCUCGGAUGGCAGCUAGAGUCGAUUUCUCUGCAAAUCAAGGCAAACUUGUCGGCGGACACUCAUUCCCGAGAUGUCAUGGAAACAAGCGACAUACAAUCGUUCCAACCGUUUCUUUCGAUGAGGAACGUACCAAAAAGAUUCUCAAGUCGUGUAAGGCGCACGGCGUGUCGAUUUCUAGCGCGUUGUUCGCCAUCUGCAGUAUCUCAUGGGCGAAGACAACUGAUGCCAAAUGGGACCUUCCGAUCAUGAUGUACUCGGCACUGAAUUUACGCCCUUAUUUGUUCGUUGAGCGACCUAUAAGUGAUUCAUAUUGGUUCCUCUCUAUUGGGUACUUCAAUGUCGUCCUCCCUACGUUCCUGCCAAAAUUGGAAGAUGGUGACCUACACAAGACAUUUUGGCACCGAGCACGGAAAGCCAAAGAACAGAGCACCAAUGCUGCGAAAAGUCGAAUGAUAAUAUCGCGAAGUCGACUAAUGGCGGAGGAGAGAGGGGCUCGUGCCCGAGUUUGGGCAAAGGAGGACGAUGAUAAAGCUGCUGGGAGACGGAAGGCGCCUACCAAAGCGCCUGUCCCGGUCGAUCCAGGCAAAGUAGUUUCCAAACCACCCUCUGCGGCUUUGAUGGGUCUCUCGUUACUCGGAAAUCUGGAUGGAAUCUAUAAACACGAUUCAUUCCCGGACAUUCAGUUACACACUCUGACAACUGGAUCCCGUCAGCGGGCUGGAGGGCUGCUACUUUUUGGUUAUACUUUUGUUGGAAAACUUUGGGUAAGCUUGGGGUACGAUCAGAAUGGUUUUGAUAGAGCAGUCAUCGAGAGGUUUUGGUACAAUGUUUUGGGGAGCAUCGACGAACUUUUAUAA